AUGUCGACAACCCUCCCCCGCACAGUCCUCGCUUACCAGACAAACGCAAAACUAUACACCCUCUCGACGCUCGUCCAAGCGGUCACACCCUUCCCCCAACUAGCGGAAGCCUCGCAACAGGUGUUCAAGACGGCCAGCCCCACGGAUCAAGACUCCGUGGUCGUCACACAGGAGACCAUCUUCCACCCUCAAGGCGGCGGCCAACCGUCGGACGUGGGCGUCAUCACGUCGCCCUCCAGCGGCGCGAGGUUCACCGUCUCCGCAGUCCGCCAUGACGCCCUCAACGACGGUGUGGUCCUGCAUCUCGGCCGCUUCGCCGACGUUUCCACCACCACCGCCGCCGCCGCCACCACCAAACCGUUAUUCACUCCAGGCGACACGGUCACGCAGGCCAUCGACGUGGACAAACGCACGCUAUACUCCCGGCUGCAUACCGCGGGCCACGUGCUCGGCGCGGCGGUGCGGCACCUGCUCGAGCACGAGAUCCCGGGCUUCGACGAGCUCAAGGCGUCGCAUUUCCCCGACAGCGCGGCGUGCGAGUUCCAGGGCCUCAUCGAGGGGAAGUGGAAGGAGGGCAUCCAGAACAAGGUCACCGAGUAUGUCGAGCGGGCCAUGCCCGUGCAGAUCGAGUUCUGGGACGAGGACGAUUUCCGGCGCGAGGGCCUCGAGCGGUUGAUCCCUCGGGGUGGCGAUACGAAUGUCGAUGUGGCGCGUGGGGAGAAGUUUCGCGUCGUCAGGAUCGUGGGCGCCGAGGUCUAUCCCUGUGGGGGCACGCAUGUCGACACGACGGAUCUGUGUGGCAAGGUUGGCGUGAGGAAGAUCAGUCGCCAGAAGGGCACGAGCCGGGUGAGUUAUAACGUGAGUUAG